AUGGGGUGGAGUCGGCUGUGGCCACGGCUGGUCCUUUGUGUGGGGACUGUGCUGUGCGGGUUGGAGGCAAAGGGAACCUAUUUCCCGGCCCCGGUUCCAGUCCCCGUCCCUGCCCCGGGCCCGUAUAGUAACAGAUUUAACCUGUACACCUCGGGAUCCGAGCCCCAGUUCAGCCCCGGAAAGCUGCUGGGAAAACACAAGACAUACUGUGCAUAUGUGGUUCAGAGAAACAUCACGUGCGCCCUGCAGGACGGAGCUGAGAGCUAUGUGAAGGCCGAGUACCAUAAGUGUGGCUGGAACCCUAAGUGCCUUGGGAAAGUCGUGUACCGCACCCUCUUCAGACCAAGGUAUAAGAUCGGCUACAAGACAGUGACAGAACUGACCUGGAGGUGCUGCCCGGGAGUCACGGGACAAGGCUGCCCCGGCCGGCCUACUGACCACCUGGGGCACCUGCCCCCCCACCCAAGCCCCAAGAUGCCUCCUGGACAGAAGCUGUUUCCCGUCCCCAGGAUGCCUCCUCCGUCCAGAAUUCACUCGGACCAGCUCCCAGGACCCGGGAACCAUCACUACAGUCGGAAACUCCCUGGGCUGUUUGGAGAAAGGCUGGACCGGCUGGAAGAAGAUGUGCACCGCCUCUCCCAAUCCUACAGCACUCUCCAGGGAAUGGUCAGUGGGCUGGGGGGCCACGUGAGGCUGGCCACUCGGGAGGACAUCGCCCCGAUGAUCGGGGCCCCGAUGCACAGCCCCAGGGCGCCGGACUCCACGGUGGGCUUCGGGGUCAUCCCGGAGGGCGUCGUGGAUGCCGCAGGCGGGCCAGGGGACGCUCCACCCCCGGUGGGGGAGAUUCUGACCAAGGUGACCGAGGUGAGCGACACCCUGAAGACCAAGACAGGCCUGCUGGACCAGGUGCAAGGGCUAGUGCUAGACCACGACAGUCAGAUCAAACAACUUCUGGAGUCCAGUCGCCCCUCACCCCUCACCUCCCUGGCCUUGCUGGAGGAAUACGUCGAUGCCCGCUUGAGCCGCCUCCGGGGAGAGCUUUUGGACGGCUUUGAGAAAAAGCUGGUCCACAUCCAGAGCACGUGCGAUUUCCAGAUCCGAGAGGUGCGACAGCAGUGCGAGGAGGAGAAAGCCAGCAGCCUCCAGCUCCAACAGGCUCUGGACGGUAAGGAGCUGGAAAUCAAGAGGGAGAUCUCCCACCUGGAGACCCAGAUCCAGGGGCUGAGCAUGGCGGAGAGCUGCUGCGGCCACCUGAACCACAUCAACGAGAGGAUGGACAUCCUGGAGAAGGGUCUGCACGCCCUCUCGGAGUCCCAGAAGACCCUGCAUGCCCGGCUGGAUGGGGAAAUGGCUCAGCUUUCCCCCAGGACGCUGGAGGACUUGGUGUAUGGGAGGCUGGAAGACCUGGAGGCCAGGGUCAACGCCUCGGAGAGAGGGGCAGGCGGCUGUUGCCCCAGCCCAGACGAGGGCAUGGGAGUCUCGGAGGUGGAGGGCAUCAGGACCGCUUUCGAGGACAAAAUGAGGGCCCUGGAGGACCGAUUCUUCACCAUCGUCGGGGAGCUAAGUAACGUGAGCGCCUCAGCAGCCAUGGACGGAGCCGCCGUGCCCUUCCUGGAGGCCGAGCCGUCCAGCGGGCGGAGGCACAGCAGCCCGGGGCUGGCAGUGGUCCAGAGCCGUCUCACCGCCCUGGAAACCCUGUGUUCCGCCCGCUGCGCCCCUGUCUCUGGGGAGGCAGAGACCAUCGCUGCCGAGAUCAAGGAUUUUGAGAGCAAGAGCCAGAACCUGAUCCUCCAGGUGGACCGCAACUUUGAGCUCCUCCAGAAGCUCAACUUCACCGUCUUGGAGAUCCAGAGGCAGCUAGAGGAGGACGGGGAGGCCAGCUCCCUCCAGGGGGAGAUCACCCUGCUCAAGGUCAACCUCAACACCGUGAGCAAAUCCCUCACGGGGCUCAAGGACUCCGUCCACCAGUACUCGGAUGCCAUCUUCCAUGUCAACUCCUCUCUGGGUGAGCGGGAGCGCAAGGUGGACGGGGAGGUCCAAGCUCUCCAAGACAAGGUCAGCGGCCAAGGAGCCCAGCUCUUGUUCAGCAACCAGCGGGUCCUGAACCUCAAGGGGGACCUGCAGAGACUCAAGGCCCGGAUCGCCCAGGACCUGGGCCACUGCAAACACGUGGCUCAGGAUAUUCAGCGAGAGGUGGGCCGCUUUGACCAGCGGGUGGCCCAGGUGGAGAGCCUGUGCGGGAGUCUGAGCCUAGCCGCAGGAGGCUUGGACGACAUCAAGGAGCAGCUGCUGGGGCCCACGGGAGCCCUCUGGGGCUCAGUGGACCAGAUCAACACCACUCUGGCCACCCAUGCCCGGGAGAUCACCAUGCUGAGGAACGACUUGCUGGACUUUCAGGCCAAAGUCUCAGAACUGUCGGAGCAGAUGAGCCAUUUGCCGGACGUGGCAGAGCGAGAGAGUCGUUAGCUGGGAGGGAGCGCCAUUCCUCCUCGGGCGGGCUCUGAUGAACUCAAUCAAUGAAUUUAGUGCAAAGGGACGGACGCCACCGAAGUUCUUGGUGCUUUGUUUUCUGAUUUUUUUGUUUUGUUUUUGUUUUUUCUAAUAUGAAUGAAAGCUGCUACAAUUCCUUCUCCCAUUUCUGGAGAC